UUUUAGACAUAAAGUAUCAAUUGUUAUUUAUAUUUGUGUAUUGGAUAAAUAUGAAAUGAAUGCAAACCGUCUAUAUAAUAUGAUGAUGGAUCAGUUUUCAGCUUUCAAUUGGUUACCUGGCAAUACUCUGGUCAAAAAUCUUAAAGAUGCCGAGGAAGAUUUUGGACUCAGUUAUCCUGUUUUAUGCAUUUUCAAACAAAAUCAUGAGGAGUUCCAAUCUAUUAUUUACCAAUUCAAAGGUAAAUAA